AUGACUGUUGUAGUUGGUGAGCUGAGGAAGCACUUUACAACACCCGCAUUUCCACCCAAGAGAGUAAGAUGCUCCCAGCCCAAAGUAUUGGAACAGAGGAGACAAGGUCUUGAGCAUUACCUGCAGACUAUGAUUAAGUUUGGACCAAGCAGAGCUCAGAUCAUGACUUUUCUUGGUAUAUCGGACAACAUCAGUGAAAGGGAAAACAACCAAGUCUGUAAGCCACCAACCAGUGUUCAGCAGUGUUCCUGACCUCUUCUUCAUC